GGAAGGAGCUCAGGACUAGCUGUUGCUGCUGCUGCUGCUGUACACUUUGUUGUCUGCUCAGCUGGAGAGAGUGUGUCUUAGUAUAGUAUCCAUUCAGUGAAGCCAAAGUGGAUUGAUCAUACUAAGCAACAUGUGGACUCCACGUCCACAGAAAGAGCAGGCUCGCCCUGCUAAGGGGACUAACUGCUGAGCAUGCUGGGAAAAGCGCCGCCUACUACCAGUAGCCUCAACCUGGUGAACUCUGAGGUGUCUGACACCACAGCGGCCACGGACGCAAACGACGGUAUCACCAUGGCUGAUCUUGUGGAGAGCCUGGAUACCAGAGAGCUGGACAUGGGGGAGGGAGAGGAGAACGACUACGAUGGAAACUACUUAGGGGACUGUCGUAUCCCUUUCUCAGCGGUGUAUGCCACAGUGGGCUUUAAGGAGGCCAAUGCCAAGGUCUACCUUCCUACUGUGCCCAUUACCGCCCGGAUACUGGAGGUGGAGAGAUUCUCCACCGCGCAAGACCGCUUCAACCUGUCGCACCAAAGGAGUGUCAACAAGUCUCUGCCGGCAGUGUUUAAGAUUGAGCUGAAGCACGGUGAGUUUACCUGGGUGGUUAAGAGGAAGGAGAAACAUUUCAUGGAGCUGCACAGAGAGCUCAGGACGUACAAGACCUUCAUGAGGAUACCGCUGCCGUCACGCAGCCACACAGUGAGGAGAAGAACAGUGAGGAAGAGCGAGGUGAGGGAGAUGCCCUCCCUGCCGAGGGGAGGAGGAGACGAGCUGGUGCGAGACGAGCAGGUCUCCAGCAGGAGGAGACAAUUAGAAGACUAUUUGAACAAGCUGCUGAGGAUGGCCAUGUACCGCAAAUAUCACCAUACUAUGGAGUUCAUUGACAUCAGCCAGCUGUCGUUCAUUCAUGAUUUGGGGCCCAAAGGACUGGAAGGGAUGAUCUAUAAGCGCUCAGGCGGACAUCGUAUCCCGGGCAUGAACUGCUGUGGUCACAGCCAGGCCUGCUACCGCUGGUCCAAACGCUGGCUGGUGGUGAAAGACUCGUGCCUUCUGUACAUGAAGCCAGACUCCGGGGCCAUCUCCUUCGUCCUGCUGGUGGAUAAAGAGUUCAGCAUCAAGAUGGACUCCAAAGACACAGAGACCAAACACGGAGUCCGCGUUGACAGCCUUUCCAGGACCUUGGUGUUUAAGUGCAGCAGCUACAGACACGCGCGCUGGUGGGGACAGAGCAUCGAGAGCUUCGUGAGGAAUCAUGGGAAGGCUUUCCUCCGAGACCACCGCUGCGGAUCUUUUGCACAGGAACAGGAAAACAUCCCCGCCAAAUGGUAUGUGAAUGGAAAGACUUACAUGGAGGAUGUGGCUGAUGCUUUGGAAGAGGCUAAAGAGGAAAUCUUUAUCACUGACUGGUGGCUGAGUCCAGAGAUCUUCCUGAAGAGACCUGUCGUGGAGGGCAACAGAUGGAGGCUGGACUGUACCCUCAAACGCAAAGCACAACAGGGAGUGCGCAUCUUUGUGAUGUUGUAUAAGGAGGUGGAGCUCGCCCUGGGCAUCAACUCGGGCUACAGCAAGAGGACCCUCUCGCACCUCCACCCCAACAUCAAGGUCAUGCGUCAUCCAGACCAUGUCUCCUCCUCCGUCUAUCUGUGGGCACAUCACGAAAAGAUCGUUGUCAUUGACCAAUCAGUGGCCUUCGUGGGCGGGAUCGACCUGGCCUACGGUCGCUGGGACGACAGAGAGCACCGGCUCACGGAUGUCGGCAGUGUGACGCGCUCUGUGGCUCUGGAGCAGGCUGGCUCCGCUACCACUCCGUCCAGCAAGGGUGUGUCCUCCGUUGAUGCCGUCUCCAACAGCAAUGGACGAGGGACGCCGCCCAGUGAUCCGGUGGACUUGCCCAAGCUGAAGGGGAUCGGACGCAGUAGGAAAGCUCGCUUCAGUCUGUACAGACACUUGCAUAAACACACACUGCAGCACGCAGACAGUGUCAGCAGUGUCGACAGCGCAGGGAGUGGCUCAGUGCAAAGCCUAAAGACCGGGGUUGGAGAGUUGCAGGGCAACACGCGCUUCUGGCAUGGAAAAGACUACUGCAACUUUGUCUACAGGGACUGGGUCCAGUUAGAGAAACCCUUUGAUGACUUCAUCGACAGGUACACAACUCCCAGAAUGCCUUGGCAUGACAUCGCUUCAGUGGUUCAUGGCAGAGCUGCGCGCGAUGUGGCCAGGCACUUCAUUCAGCGCUGGAACUUUACUAAGAUCAUGAAGCCAAAGUAUCGCUCUCUAUCUUAUCCCUUCCUGCUGCCCAAGUCUCACUCCAGUGUCAAUGAGCUCAGAUACCAAGUUCCUGACUGCGUCAAUGCCAAAGUGCAGGUGUUGCGGUCAGCAGCAGACUGGUCUGCAGGUAUAAAGUACCACGAGGAGUCCAUCCACACCGCUUACAUCCAGGUCAUCGCUAAGAGCAAACACUACAUCUACAUCGAGAACCAGUUCUUCAUCAGUUGUGCCGACAACAGGACGGUGUACAACAAGAUCGGAGACGCUAUCAUUGAAAGGAUCCUCAGAGCGCACAAAGAGGGCAAGAAGUACCGUGUGUACGUGGUCACCCCCCUGCUUCCUGGCUUUGAGGGGGACAUCACCACAGGAGGAGGGAACGCCAUCCAGGCUGUCAUGCACUUCAACUACAGAACCAUGAUCAGAGGAGAGUAUUCCAUCAUCUCCCAACUGAAACAUGAGAUGGAUGACCAUUGGAUGAAUUACAUCUCCUUCGCUGGCUUGCGGACUCACGCUGAGCUGGAGGGACGCCUGGUCACAGAGCUCAUCUACGUCCACAGCAAGAUGCUCAUCGCUGACGACAACACCGUCAUCAUCGGCUCUGCUAACAUCAACGACAGAAGCAUGCUGGGUAAACGUGACAGCGAGGUGGCGGUGAUUAUCGAGGACUCUGAAAAGGUCGCUUCGAUGAUGGACGGACAGGAGUAUGAAGCUGGACCCUACGCACUUCAGCUUCGCCUCGAAUGCUUCAGGACUAUCCUCGGGGGUCACACUGACACCAGUAUUGACAUGUCAGACCCCAUCAGUGAUCGCUUCUAUAAGGAGGUGUGGAUGACCACAGCCGGCCGCAACGCCACCAUUUAUGAGAAGGUAUUUCGCUGCCUUCCUUCGUCUCUGGUGAGGAACAUGUCCGAGCUGGAGCAGUACCAGUCCAAACCGGGUUUGGCCCAGAGCGACCUGACCCGCGCUCAGGAGGAGCUGCGCAAAAUCCGAGGCUUCCUGGUCCAGUUUCCUCUGGACUUCCUGUCUGAGCAGAACCUCAUGCCCUCUGUUGGAACCAAGGAGUCCAUGGUCCCGACUGAGAUCUGGACAUAAAGGAUGUGUAGCGACACAUCAGAGCUCAACAGUUUCUGGAGCAUCUUGAAGGGAUGUAUCAGGAUUGUCAUCACAUGUGUAAUAUUGGAUUAUUACAGAGAUCGCCUUUUUAAUCUGGAGAUGAGCGUCUCCUCUCCAUCGAUACGACUGCUGGGCAUUGACAAAUCUCUCAAAUGUGUUUCUACUGAAAAACACUAAACUGUAGUUACAUCUUAUUUGGGUAAGCAUUAACACUUUUGGGAUGUAUGAAGAAGAAAAAAAGAUAUCGCACUUGAAGACAAUAUUUAUGACGGCAUUCAAACUGUGGAGAUGAAAAACAGGCACGUGAACUUUUGGGACUGUCGGAGAAGCUCGAGAGACGGCGAGGAUUUCUGAGGAAUCGUGGUGAGGCAAUGGUGAAGUCAACAAUUUGCCAACAAAUAUUCGGCUCUUUGUUUAAAUGACAAAAUGCACAGAGAAGGUGACGCAUGCGAUUUACUGAGUUUGUUGGUGUGUGCUCGUGAGCUUCAUUAGUGCCAUGUACGCUGUUUAUGAGCUCAAAGAGGACCUCUCGACCUUAAAGUUAGUCAUCUCAGAUGCAUCUUGAGGACCCUUUUCUGUACAACAAAUGCAUCUCUGUGCAUCUACAGAGACCACUUACAUGAUGCAUGACUUUACUAGCUGUGCUCAAAUCUUGUUAGCAUGCAUGUACCAAUCACAUCUCUCAAAAACAUUAUAUUUCCCGUCAAAGGUGUUAUGCGACGGAUAAUUACGAGACGUAAUGAGGUCUGAACUUGAACCGUGUUGAGCUGACCCAGGAACAGAAGCUAAUUCAACUCAUUUACAUCUUACUGUGUUAAGAUGGGUGAGAAGAUGCAGAUCAUGGCUGAGGGUGUAUGAUGAAAAGGCUACAGUGUGCACAGUACCAGUGGUGAAUAUCAGAGUGUGGAUGAGACAAUCUGCUCACAAUCUCAAAGGAGUAAUUUCCUCUUUGCUCAACAGAUGGUGCUAGCUGCUUAAGAAUACAGUUUGUGUACAGCAGUGCAUUAUGGGCCUUUCACUCCCCCCCCCCCCCGGCUACUUCUCUCGGUCUUAUAGCGCGACGGCAGUCAGUGUUUGAAACCAAUGAAAAUAAAACAAUAUUUUCCGUAUAGCAUGCAACUGAUGCCGGAGGCAAAGCUUCUCGUACGAAGACAGUUUGAAAUCGCUUGUUACGUUUGCAGUCCCGGUGGUUUCCUCCACGAAGCUUAUUACUCUGUAUGAAAAUAGAAUCUCCUGUUUUGUAAUGUAACACAGCCUGUCUCUGUAAAGUUGUUUUGUUUUAGGGAUCCUUAUGGUAUGUGACCUACUGUACAGUAUGGGGCAAUUUGUAAUAUGUAAAUGUAUGGACUCUGUGUUACCUGGUUUGUUUUAAUGUUUCAUUAUUUAUCACAGUUUGAUCUCCAACUUCCUCUAAAUGUGAAGGUAAAGAAACACACCUUUUUUUUUUAAUCCAGCUGAGCUCACCUAUUGAGACGAAAACUUCUAUUGUACCAGCAGAUAAUUGCUUUGUUAUGAUCUUCACUAAAGUUAUGAAUGACUGGCCUUGGAGCUCCUGGAAAGACGAGUUCUGGAAGUCAACAUCACACAUGGUGUCAUUUGGCAGAGUUCCUCUGUAAUUCUCACAAAUGGGCCUCUGAUUAUGUUUUAAUGCCUACGUCACGAUAAGAAUCACUGACACCUAUUUACCAGAAGCAGACAAUUACUGCAAUCUAUGGGAGCUAAUAAUGAAGUGUGUGUGUAUAUGUUUAAUGGGACCAGGGAUUUGAUGAAUGUAAACUGAAGCGAUAAUGACUGAAAUCAUCACAUCCUUUUGUUUCAUCAAAGACAAACAGUUUUGCUUUUCAAUUUCGUACUGAUUAUACAUCACUGUAUUGUUUGCCCUUGCUGUAUUUGUCUUUGCAUUAUCUAAAGGAAAAAGAAUCAUUUAACAUUCUUUAAACAUGUAUUUUCUUUUGUUAUGUUUGGUAUGAAUGUAUGAAUGGUUGUGGAUUUGUAACUGAACCUAAGUUUCUUUAUCAUAAAACAUCAUGCAGCAGUUUCCUUUCUGUUAACUCCCUCGAUCUCAUGUCAGCUGAUCUUGUUUUCACCGUUUGUGUACAAAACCUUGUUUUUUUUUUCUACAGUUUAAAAGUAUUUCAAAUUUCUGUCUUGUUCAUUAGCACAAUGUAAUUCAUAAUUUAAAUGGCUAACAAAAUAAAAUGAUCUUUGGA